AUAGCGCCCCAAAUUGUGCCAAAACUUGGGUUGAAUUACUCUUACGGGAAAUUUAACCUCAAUCUGUUGCCGUACACGUGUUUGUGUUUAUAAUUCGCCCCUGAGGGUUUUAACAAAGAAACAAUGGAUGAUGAGGACAACACGUGUAGGGACGGAGAUGACGAUUCUGACGAAUGGGACGAAAUGGAAGUCACAGGGGAGCAAACGACGUGUCUUUUUUGCCCCCUGCAAUUCCUGACAAUAGCGGUGGCGCUGGACCAUUGUCGUGCUGAGCACAACUUUGAUUUAUUAGAGUUGAAAAAUAAGUAUAACAUGGACUGUUAUUCCUACAUCAAGAUGAUUAAUUACAUUAGGAUGCAAAGACCGGACCCGAAAAUCUUGACCGAGUCUUCGGUCGCGUUGUGGGACGAUGAUGUGUAUUUGAAGGCGGGCGAGAUGGAGUCAUGGUUGAUGUAUGACUUUGAGGACCUGGGAAGUGCCCCCUCCACUCCCCAUUAUGCCAUCGACGGCAAGACGCCCAUCAGCAAUUUGAAUUUUUCCGACCUGCAGAGGCAAAUUGAGGACUUGACUUUACAAUUGAAACACAAAUGCACGUUACUAGAACUCGCGGUGAAAGACAUCGAAAAGAUGAAAAAAAUCACUAGGACGUUUGUUGAAAGUAGGGAUGUUCCAGAAAAGCCGUUUCACGUCACUGGUUAUGACUCUGAUUAUUUCCACUCGUAUUCACAUUUCGGUAUUCACCACGAAAUGUUAAAUGAUAGAGUCAGGACUGAAAGCUACAGGGACGCAAUUUUAAAUAAUUCGGACAGUUUCAAGGACAAAAUCGUCCUGGACGUGGGCUGUGGCACUGGGAUUUUGUCGCUGUUUUCGGCCAAAGCUGGCGCUUCCAAAGUGAUUGGAAUCGACCAGUCUGAGGUCGUUUACAAAGCAAUGGACAUAAUCAGAGAAAACAAUUAUUACGACACAAUCCACUUGAUGAAAGGCCGAAUCGAGGACACUAAUCUCCCGGUUGAAAAAGUCGACAUAAUCGUCUCGGAAUGGAUGGGCUAUUUUUUGCUGUUCGAAGGCAUGUUGGACAGUUUCAUACACGCGAGAGAUCGCUACUUGGCCCCAGGAGGCCUCCUUUUGCCAAACAGGUGCAACUUGAACCUGAUUGGCUGCUCUGACCCCGAGCGUUACGACAAAGUGAUUAAUUUCUGGGACAAUGUUUAUGGGUUUUCGAUGAAAUGCAUGAAGAGUGAAGUCAUUUCCGAGGCUUUUGUCGAAACCGUUCCUGGCGAAAGUGUCAUGACUGACCCCAUAACACUGAAGGAGAUUGAUUUGGCAAGUUGUACCGUUGAUACUUGCGAUUUUAGCUCGGCUUUUGCGUUGAAAGCCACCAAAGAUGCCGUUUUGACAUGCUUGGUGGGGUAUUUUGAUACGUUCUUUGACUUACCAAAAAGUGUUCACUUUUCGACGGGGCCUGAAGCGCCCAAAACGCACUGGCAACAAAGUGUUUUUUAUUUGAAGGAGACAAUAAAUAUGAGUGCAGGUGAUGUGAUUGAAGGGUCGCUAGUUUGUUCACGGCUCAAAAAGAAUGCGAGAGGUUUGUCUGUGACCAUAACUUUAGGUAAAAAUAAAUAUCACUAUAAUUUGGACUAGUGGUUUGUAAUUUUUAUUUUUCAAGUAAAUAAAAUAAAAAAAGUGUU